AUGUCGAGGUCUUUUUACGUCGAUUCUUUAAUCAUCAAGGAUACGGUGCGGCCGGGACCUGCGGAGCACCCGGGGCAGGACUUCUACAUCCCCAUCAGCAUGCACUCACCGGGCGUCAUGGCGGUCACGGCUCCCGUGUGUCCAUCCAGGAAGAACGGGACUUUCUGUGUCUGUCCGAUGUGCGUCACGUCCCACAUCCACUCGUCCCGCAGCGGCAUUCCCAUGCUGAAGAGCCACUUCCCAGGAGCGGAGGCGCAGUACUGUCACAGGAUAGCGCAUCAGCAGGCUCAGGCACUCGCUCACCCGGGACACACACCUGUCUGCACGCCCACAUUCAGCGUCACAGACCCCAGAAGAUACCACUGUCUUUCUAUUGGCGCCUCUGAAAGCAGCCACAUACAGAAUGGCAAGAGGAUGCGCACGGCGUUCACGAGCACGCAACUCCUGGAGCUUGAACGGGAGUUUUCCACGAACAUGUAUCUUUCGAGACUCAGGAGAAUCGAGAUCGCCACGUAUUUGAACCUGUCAGAGAAACAGGUGAAAAUCUGGUUUCAGAACCGCAGGGUGAAGCACAAGAAGGAGGGCAAAGCCACGCAGAGGAGCGCGCACAGCGGUUGCAAGUGCACCAGCGGCCACACAGACUAUUCGAGGUCAGAGGACGAGGAGUCCCUGUCUCCUGCCUCUGCCACGGAAGAGAAAGAGGUGUCAACCAUCUGA